CUCAACUAGCAGCUGGAGGCGUUUGCAUCUCGAGCGGGUCUCAGCUGGAACCGCAGGCCGGAGCCUCCUAGUCUCUCCUCUGGCCCAGUGGUGGCGGGGACCCGAGCUGCUGGGGCCCAAGCCCUGCGCCCGUCAGUCAUGGUGGGUCACCUGCAUCUGCAGGCCAUGGGGGACACGCGGGAGCAGAGCCGCGACGGCUUGCUGGACAGUCCCGACUCAGGACUGCCCCCCAGUCCCAGUCCUAGCCCGCCCUUUUACGCCCUGUCGCCGGGCACCCUGGACACUCGUGCCACCACUGAAGCUCCAGCGGCCACUUCCCUCUUCCCAAAUCCCCCAGCCCUGGAGAUGAGGUGGAGGCUGCUGCCCGUGUUCUUUGGGGAGAGCAUCGAGGUGGACCCAGAACCUGCACACGAAAUCCGCUGCAACUCUGAGGUCACCUACGCCUCAGAGAGAUACUUCCGAGACAAGAUCUUCUAUGCUCCGGUGCCCACGGUCACGGCCUACAGUGAGACCAUAGUGGCGGCGCCCAACUGCACAUGGAGGAGCUAUCGAAGUCAACUGACCCUGGAGCCUCGCCCACGGGCCCUGCGCUUCGGAAGCACCGCCAUCAUCUUCCCCAAACUGGCUCGCAACUCCUUCCGCACCACCCUGCACUGUAGCCUCGGCCAGCCACGGCAUUGGUACUCCUCCAGCCUGCAACUGCAGCGGUGCGGGGACCCUGCGCCCAGUUCCAGCAGUCCCGGUGUACUCUGAAGAGCCCAGUUGUCAGAGGAGGAGCUGAGUGUGGGAGAGGUCCAAGAAAGAUGGCCAGGCUACCACCACAGGCUAGGCUGGCUGUGCCCGAGCUCCAGCCUAGAGCAUUCUGUGAAUGCAUCUUUCAUGCUCUAUGGCCUUAAGGGCAGGGCCAAGCCUGUCCUGGUGUGCCCUUGAGGCAAAGAUGGCCCUAUGUACCACAGGGCACUCAGCCAUGGUCUGGCUCGCAACCUCAUUCUUGGAGAGGCCUGUUUCCAAAAUAGGCCAUUUAAAAAUGCUCAUCCCAGCUGAGAACCGCAGGUGCAGAGUGCAGAGCUAGCUUACCCUGAACCGAGACGGCAAAGGCUGGGGGUAUCCGGAACACACUGCCUGCUGUGCAGGGCACAGCCCUCCAAGGGUGGCCCACGUGUCCCCCCACGAGACGCAUUCCCGACUAGCUUAGACCUCUUGAUCUUGAGCCUCAAAGCUCUCUGGCAGGUGCCCAGGGAGGCCUCAAAGCUAAUGACAGGACAUUGCCAAUACCUGCCUAUGGCUGACUCUGGACUUGUGUCUACGGCAGGACUUGGAACCCCAAGAGAAACUGCCUGCUUUUCUUGGCCUCCCAUUCUUGCUUAGGAUGGAUCCUACAGCUACACCAGUUUCUGCUCUUGCCCGCAACCUGGUGCGGUCCCACGGUGCCUAGGCAAAAAUGAGUCCCCGAGUCCACUUUAGAGGGUGGAGAUGUCCCUUUGCCUCAACUAUCCAGUAGUUGGGAACCUGUCUACUGCCUCUGUGGUGGCCCAGAGGGAAGGGACACUCUGUGUGGGCAAAUAGAACCAAAAUGACUGAUAGGUUUCUGUCAAUCUAUUGGCUUAUCUGAGGUGCUCUCUGGUUAAAGAACAGCUUAAGAAAUUAGUGAAUUAUCUCAAUAAAAUAUAUGCAUACAGCCA